AUGAUGCUCUCACAGGCACUGCAUCAGUACGCACCUAGCCCACACUUCCAGUCGCUACCUUCGUCAAACGGGGACGCCAUGAUGAACGAGGGACCGGUGGGGAUGUCCCAUCAGUCUUCUGUAUCUUCAUCGGCAUCAUCUUCUCAUAAAUCAUCUUCAAAACAGGCACGUUACUACAAUCACCACCAUAGUCAUAACCAUCCCUACGAUGAUGAUGGUAGGAUUAACAAUGGGCAACAGAUGAACCAGAUAACGCCCGGCCCGAUCCGGAGGAGGAUUAGUAGGGCCUGCGACCAGUGUAACCAGCUCCGCACAAAGUGCGAUGGGAAACUACCGUAUUUCACACUAAAGUGCGAGUAUGCGCGCGAGCGCAAGAAGCGAGGUAAAGCUUCUCGAAAGGAUAUCCAGCAGCAACAGGCCGCCGCCGCUGCAGCAGCGCAACAGAUGGACAAUUCCUCGCCAACGGACAUGCGUCGGGCGUCUUCCGACCUGCCGCCGCCGCCCCGGCCCGGUAGCAGCAAUGUUCGCAAGCAAUCGUCAUCCGCGGCAAGCACUAGAACGUCGCUCGGUGAUCUCCACGACAUGUCGCAGCAUCAAAUGCACCACCACCACCUUCCCCAACAGCAACAUCACCACCACCAUCUUCCCACUCCUGAAUCCCCAUCACUGCAACUGUCGCACGAUGGCGUUCCCUCGGGUAUGCCCAUGCAUUUCGAUCGUAUGUCCCCAUUCCAACAUCAAUCGCCGAACGGCGCCGGGGCGCCAUCGCGAAUGAUGCCGGGGCAGUCGGCGCAUGGGGGUAUAUCGCAGCCAGGGUCUGCCACCGUGAAUGGAUUUCCAGUAAAUGAGUUUGUGCUGUCACCCCAGGGUCACCCGAGUCACGCGAUGAAUUUCCAACAGAGUGCUGCGUCCCCAUUAUCAGGGUUUUUGGGUGGGCACUCGCCUGAGGAUGGGUCGCCGUCAUGGCUCUCUAUGCCCUCACCACCGACACAGUCAUAUUCAGCUGGUAUAAGGUAUCCGGUUUUGUUGCCGCUGCUACCACACAUAACGCAGAUUAUCCCACCAUUGCUUGCGUGUGACCUGUUGGAUCUGUACUUUACGAAUCCUACGACUGCGUUCUUCCAGCCAGCUUCCCCGUAUGUUCUAACCCAUAUCUUCCGGAAGCGCUCGUUCCUCCACCCCCACAACCCACGACAGACCUCCCCCGCUCUUCUUUGCGCCAUGCUCUGGGUCGCCGCACAGACAUGCGAUGCCCCUUUCCUCGCUGCCUCCCCUGCUGCACGAGGAAGAGUGUGCCAAAAACUUCUUGAGAUAUGCAUUAGCCUUCUUCGACCGCUUGUACAUGUCAACUUGACUCAGCCUGCACCCCAUGGACACCAUCCCUCUGGAGAAUCUGAGAACGGCUCCGCAGGUGUUGGCCUUGGGGGUCUUGGGGGCGCACCCGGCGGUGGCCGGGAAGGUGUAGGUGCGGCUGGAACCCUGGAUGAUGUGCUCACAUAUGCGCAUCUCGGUAUUGUGAUUUCUGCGAGUGAAUUCAAGAGCGCAUCACUACGGUGGUGGCACUCAGCGUGGACAUUGGCGAGGGAAUUGAAGCUGAACCGUGAACUCCCCGCCGAGAGCUUGGUUGACCAGAUGGGUGAGGACGACAUGGAUGGGCAUCACUCGCCCUCCGAUACAGGCCCGGGAAGCGUCCACUCACACCACACGGUCAGCAAUGGCCGCAUGUCUGUCAGCGAGGAGGAUAAGGAGGAGCGCAGGCGGACAUGGUGGCUGCUCUAUGUGGUAGAUCGCCACCUUGCACUAUGCUACAACCGCCCCAUUUCGCUCUUGGAUGUGGAGUGCGAGAAUCUUUACCUGCCUAUGGACGAUAUUGCUUGGCAGAAUGGAGACUUUUAUACCCACGAUCCCCACAACAUGUACGCGCAGCAUCCGUCCUCUCCGUCACAUAGCGGUCUAGCGCAUCGCCGCCUCGGGCCGUCGAACUUUGAGGUCACGGGAACAGGCUUAUUCGAGUUUUUUUUACCGCUUAUGACGAUUCUUGGGGAAAUAGUGGACCUCCACCAUGCCAGGAAUCGUCCCAAGUUUGGUGUGAGGCAGGCUGGUGCUGAGGGUACCGGUUCCUUUGGCGGGGGCUACGAUGAGCUGGUACAGCAGAUCACCCAGCAGCUGGAUACGUAUUCGCGCAGCCUGCACGAGUUCGAAUCGGCCAACACCAGUUCGGCGAUCAAGGAACGGACUGAAGGCGGGGUUAGUGAGGAGGGGCCCAAAGAGGGAAAUAAGCAGCUUUCGGAGGCCGAUAUCCAGCUAAAGAUUGUUGUGUCAUACGGAACUCACGUAAUGCAUGUACUCCACAUCCUCCUCUCUGGCAAGUGGGAUCCUAUCAGUAUGCUUGACGAUGACGACCUCUGGAUCUCUUCGCAAUCCUUUAUCAGCUCCACCGCACAUGCUGUUUCGGCCGCUGAAGCUAUCAGCAACAUUCUCGAGUACGACCCGGACCUAAGCUUCAUCCCGUACUUCUUUGGGAUUUACCUGCUGCAGGGUAGCUUUUUGCUGCUCCUGAUCGCCGAUAAGCUGCAGGGCGAGGCGUCGGGCGCUGUCGUCACUGCUUGUGAAACCAUCGUUAGGGCGCAUGAAGUUUGUGUGGUAACACUAAAUACAGAGUAUCAGAGAAACUUCCGAAAAGUCAUGCGAAGCGCAUUAAGUCAGGUGCGCGGCCGAGGCGCGCCAGAAGAUAUGGAAGAGCAGAAGCAGAAGAGGCGGGAGGUGCUGCAGCUUUACAGAUGGUGCGGAGAUGGAACCGGACUCGCGCUUUGA